AUCACAUGCUCUUGCAAACGCGCCGAAACUUGCAGUCUGCUUGUCUCCUUGUUUUGGCUGGUCGCUUGUGGAACUGAUCAGAAUAUUUUACUUUAGUCUUCUAAGUUAAGAGCAGUGGUGGAUUAAUGUAUUUUUUCCAUAGCGAAUACUGGAUCUGACUGUGACUUCAGAUUGAUUUUCCUGCGAUCGUUAAACCGGGAACCAUUCGCUCAGACGAUCGGCUGUAUGUCGUAAAUGAUCGUCAAGAGCCACAACUUCUAAAGGAUGCCGGAACUUCCAGAAAUUCAUUAUGCGUGCAAGUUGAUCAACAAGAUCGGCGCGGAAAAAAGAUUCCGAUCUCCCAUUAUAAAGUCUGGUGCGAUCGUUUAGUAACUACGUCAGCAAAAUGGAGAAAAUCGAAUGGGCCAAAGAGCAUUUCACAGUUCGUGCGUUAAGUCGUGGAAAGGAACUACAAAUGAUCCUGGAGGAAGUCUCAGAUAAGGCUGGAUCGGCCCAGAACUCGGAAUCGCUAAAUGGUUCAUCCAGUGAAACGAGCAACAGCAGUCUCAUGUUGACGUUUGGGUUUGGGAUGUCGGGGAAGUUUUCUUUUGAUAGAUUUGAUGCGAUUCCAAAGCACGCGCAUCUGCAGUUCUUCACUGACGAAAACCCUUCCUAUGUGCUGAGUUUCGUGGAUUAUCGACGCUUUGGAACUUGGCGUGUUGGGGAUUUCGAUUUCGCUCGAGGCCCAGACCCAGUGAAGGAUUAUAAAGAUUUUCGACAGAACGUGCUUGGUAAUCUUGAUAAAUCGGUUUUCAACAAAGCGAUUUGCGAAGCUAUUAUGGAGCAGAAAUAUUUCAACGGCAUUGGAAAUUACCUGCGAGCGGAGAUUUUGCACCGUGCUGAAGUGCCUCCAUUUGUUGCGGCGCGAAGUGUUUUGGAGAAACUUGCUCCCAAGGAUACAGUGGACGUUAAUAACCCAGAUUUAUUGGAUUACUGCAACUUGGUUCCGAAAGAAGUUUUCAAUAUCAUGAAACCAGGCGAAGGAUACAAUCCUAAGUCUGAUAAGGAAAUUUACCGUCCGUUUAAGGGCUGGCUACGCUGCUACAUGGUGGAAGGAAUGACGAAUCUGGUGGACCGACAGGGACGCACGAUCUGGUUUGCCGGAAAUCCCGGUCCAAUGGUGCCUGCAAAAAAUCAAUCUAGACACGGAGCGCGAGGGAAACGUCGGCGAUCACCAUCGUCAUCAGACGACGACAAUAGUGAAGCUGGUUCGGUUAAAGAGAGGAAGGGUGUUAGCGAAGACAAUAGUGAAGCGGAAGCUCUGCAGAGCCAACCGUCCGUUUCCCAGAAAAUCAAACGUGAAGUGCCGCAAGUCACACCGGUUCGAAACGGAAAGCGUGGAGCUGGUGGCCAUGCGACCUCAGCGAACGGGAAUGGCUCUUCGUAUUUUGUAAAAGUGGAAUCUGACGGCGCUGCGGAUACAUUCGAUAUCAAGGCAACCGUGAAAGUUGCUGCGCGCUCAAAGAAAGGCAAAACAGCUCGACAGAAGGUGGAAGAUCCGGAAAUUUCUGAAAGGAAGCAUUCUUUACAAAUUAGAAAGCAAACAAAAGAAGCAGCGGAAUCGGAAGGCGCCGAUCCCAUUAGUGGCGGAAAAACGGGAAAACGGGCUUCGAAAAAGGCAAAGGGGACGGAAAAGCGUGAAAAAGUGAAAAAUGAACCGUUAAUCGGAAGUGAGAAAGGAAAUGUGCGACAUUCUGCGCGACUUGUAGCGGUAAAGGAUGAGCCUUAAGGAACUGGAUGGGAAGCGGAUGAUGUUUUUUUUGCAAAGAUGUGGAGAAUUCGUUAAUGUGGCUUUUUGCCCUGUGCGAAAAUUCUGAUGAUUGUUAUAUUUCUUUCUAAAAAGUCACGUCGUAAAUGAAAUAUGGUUGGUGACUGCUGUAGUUAUGGUUGUGCAUGGUUGAUUGAACUUGAUUCAUAGUUAUUGAUCUUUGCGGACACUGAUUCAGGCUUAAAAUUGCACAAUGA